AUGUCGUCGGUUAUAUCUGAUAUUGAAUUAAAAUCACACAUUGACCGUACAGUAGCUGAUACAAAUCCUGCUAAUAUACCAUCAGACACACAACGAUUUAAAACAUAUAAAAAUUUAUUAGUUCUUUGUAUAGCUUUUCUUCUUCAAUUUACUGCAUUUGGUGCGAUUGGAAAUUUACAAAGUUCAUUAAAUACAGAAGCUAAUGUUGGUGUUAAUUCUUUAUCAAUUAUAUAUGCAUUUCUUAUUUUUUCAUCAAUAUUUUUACCACAUCCAUUAAUGGCUAUAUUUGGUAUCAAAUGGACUCUUGUAAUAUCUCAAGUUCCGUAUCUUUUAUAUGUAGCAGCGAAUUACUAUCCAAAAGCAUAUUUAAUGUAUCCGGCUGCUGCACUUGUUGGGUUAGGUGCUGCACCAUUAUGGACAUCGAAAUGUAGUUAUUUAACUGAUUCUGGAACAAUGUACGCUAAUAGCAAACUUGUUCAUAAAGAUGUUGUUGUUAAUAGAUUUUUUGGUAUAUUUUUUAUGUUUUUUCAAUCAGGUCAAAUUUGGGGUAAUUUAAUAUCAUAUUUUGUUCUUAAACCAUCCGAAGUUAAUGGAACAAAUAUCACAGAAAAAUAUGAUAAAUGUGGAGCAGAAUUUAGUGAACAAGAAUAUAAAGGUGUCGACGUUAGUAAUGCAAUUGAUCGAAAAACAAUUAAUGUUCUUUGUAUUGUAUAUAUUUGUAUAUGUGCUUGUUCAAUUUUAACAGUAAUUAUUUUUCUUGAUCAACGUCGAAAAGCAUCAAAAGAUAAAAUAUCCGUUAUGCUUCGUCAUUCUGUUAAAUUACUUGUUUCAACAGUGAAACAUAUGCGUAAUAUAAAUCAAUUAUGUCUUAUCCCAUUAACUAUAUGGUCAGGUUUAGAACAAUCAUUUCUUGGAGCACAAUUUACAAAAGGUUUUGUUUCUUGUACACUUAGUGCAAAAUAUGUUGGUUUAGUUUUAAUUGCAUAUGGUAUAUGUGAUUCAAUCGGUAGUUUUAGUUUCGGUCAAUUAGUAAAAUAUGUUGGUCGUUGGCCAUGUUUUAUUAUUGCUGCUAUAAUAAAUUAUUCAUUAAUUAUAACUAUGUUUCUAUGGAAACCAUCAGAAAAUCAAAUAUAUGUUUUAUUUAUAUUAGCUGGUCUAUGGGGUUUAGCUGAUGCUGUAUGGCAAACACAAAUAAAUGCAUUUUAUGGUGUUUUAUUUGUUGAUAAAGAUGAAGCCGCAUUUUCAAAUUAUCGUCUUUGGGAAUCAAGUGGUUUUGUUUUAUUUUAUAUCAUAACACCAUAUAUUCGUAUUCGAAUAGCUUUAGUUAUUUUAUUAAUAUUUUUAACAUUAGGUAUGACUGGUUAUGGUGCAACUGAAUAUCGUUUAAGAAAAAAUAAAAUUAAAAAUAAUCAAGUAUCUCCAUCAUAA